AUGCUUUUAAUGCCUAGGCAUCAUGCUGGCCUAAUUGGCCCAGCAUUUGGUCUUGAAAUGGACCGUCUCUCGUAUCAAACUCGAGAAUGCUCCACGAGUCGACCAAUCUGGCAACUUAGGCCUCCGCCUGUCGCCAGCGUUUCAAUAAUAGAGCGUCUUCCCACAGAAGCUAGGGAUAUCAUCUUAUCACAUUUGGACUAUCAGUCUCUGAUCUUCCUUUCUAUGGUGAAUCGACACUUUCAUCGUUCAGUAAUUCCUCAGCAAGUAGCAAGUCCGCUGGACAAGUUUUCAUUCAUUAUGAGAGCGGCGAAGGACUUCCCGCAGCAUCGGCCUAGCGAGAAAAGAAAUAAACACCAACCAGGAAACUCCGAAUGUUACUAUUGCUUCCGUGUCAAAGCUCCGGAACACUUCGACGUUCUUCAAGCCACAAUAGCAUAUUUCGACCCACAAGGCCGAGUCGUAUCGGGUCGGUUUCCCAGGCCCGAGGACAAGCCUGCGGAGCUGCGUCGAUUCUGUAUCGAAUGCGGGAUCAGGACAGGGCUUCAUCAACCUUCUGAUUGUCUUGAAACAAAGACAGGCCAAAACCUCUGGGUCUGUAGUUGUCCAAGAGUGUGGCAGAAACUCGAGUGCUUGCGUUGCCCCGACUGUUCUUCCACAUGUCCGUUGCGACCAAAGAAGAAGUGGGCAUCUGGACGAUGUAUACACUUGGAAGACACGGGUAUGCAUGUCUAUGGAGACUCCAACCAUGAACCGGACGAAUCCGGCGGCUUGUUGAAGAAACAUGGGUGCCAGUUUGGCCAGGGAUAG